UUACCCCCCUCCUCCCCAUCUGCCGUGACCUUCCUGCCGAGGUGCAGAGCCAGCCCCGGCGAGAAGCAGCUCCAACCGCAUCCCAAAGUGCAUGAGGCUGGGGUUGCCCCCAGAACCACCCACCCCCCGCACGCAGGCCCAGGGCAGCACCAGGAGCCAUGUCGGGUUCCUACGACGAGUCGGCAGCAGCCGCGGAGGAAACGACCGACAGCUUCUGGGAGGUGGGGAACUACAAGCGCACGGUGAAGCGGAUCGACGAUGGGCACCGACUCUGCAAUGACCUGAUGAACUGUGUGCACGAGAGGGCCAAGAUCGAGAAGUCCUACGCCCAGCAGCUCACCGACUGGUCCAAGCGGUGGAGGCAGCUCAUCGAGAAAGGUCCCCAGUAUGGCAGCCUGGAGAAGGCGUGGAGUGCCAUCAUGACCGAGGCUGACAAGGUGAGCGAGCUGCACCAGGAGGUGAAGAACAGCCUGCUGAAUGAUGACUUUGAGAAGGUCAAGAACUGGCAGAAGGAUGCCUACCACAAGCAGAUCAUGGGAGGCUUCAAAGAGGCCAAGGAGGCUGAGGAUGGCUUCCGGAAAGCUCAGAAGCCCUGGGCCAAGAAGCUCAAGGAGCUGGAGACAGCCAAGAAAGCCUACCACCUGGCCUGCAAGGAGGAGAAGCUGGCCAUGACCCGGGAAGCCAACAGCAAGGCGGAUCAGUCCAACACCCCCGAGCAGCAGAAGAAGCUUCAGGACAAAGUGGAAAAGUGCAAGCAAGAUGUGCAAAAGACUCAGGAGAAGUAUGAGAAGGUGCUGGAUGAGCUGAACAAGUGCACCCCACAGUACAUUGAGAGCAUGGAGCAGGUCUUUGAGCAGUGCCAGCAGUUUGAGGAGAAGAGGCUCAACUUCCUCAAGGAAAUGCUCCUGGACAUCAAGAGGCACCUGAACCUGGCCGAGAGCAGCAGCUACGCCAACGUCUACCGGGAGCUGGAGCAGACCAUCCGCCUCUCGGAUGCGCAGGAGGAUCUCCGGUGGUUCCGCAGCACCAGUGGCCCCGGGAUGCCCAUGAACUGGCCCCAGUUUGAGGAGUGGAACCCAGACAUGACACACACGAUAACACGGAAGGAGAAGCAGAAGAAGGGCGAGGGGGUGACCAUGACCAACACCAGCAGCACGGGCGAGACAGGGGCGACGGCGGGAGAGCGCGGGAGCGUGAGCAGCCACGACCGUGGACAGACCUACAGCGCCGAGUGGUCGGACGACGAGGGCAGCAACUCCUUCAACACCAGCGAGGCCAACGGGGGCACCAACCCCUUCGACGAGGAGUCGGCGGGGAAGGGCGUGCGGGUGCGGGCUCUGUACGACUACGACGGGCAGGAGCAGGAUGAGCUCAGCUUCAAAGCAGGUGAUGAACUAACCAAACUGGGUGAAGAAGACGAGCAAGGAUGGUGCAAAGGGCGCUUGGACAACGGGCAGCUAGGUCUCUACCCCGCCAACUACGUGGAGGCAAUCUAAGUCUUGUGGUGUGCUCCUCGUCGCCGUCAGCAGAUAAAUCCACUCUCCGUUGUCUCCAUCUCUCCACCAGCCAACCAGCCAUCUCGCUGUCUGGUCCUUCACUCCUCACAGUUAGAGAUUCAGACAUAUUUUCCGACCAAGCUUUUAUUUUUUUAAGAGUUGUCUCUGAAGAGUAUUUUGCAUAGUCGCUUUCUUCUUCUUCUUCUUCUUCUUCUUCUUCAAGAUAAUGUGAAGCAAAAGAUGACGUCGUCCGUUCGUCUCCGUUAGUUGAUUUCUUUUCUGAGCGAAAAGCUGAUACCUCAAGAUCUUAAAGCCCAACCAGAGAGAGCUCCUGCUUGGUUGGUUUUUAAAGAUACUGAAAUAAUGAGCCGCCUUCUGAUUGGCUGGAACUGUUCCAAAAUGCAUGGCGCUGAAGCUCCUGGGACCAACCAAAUUCACCCCGAAAAACCAAGAGGGAUUUGAGCCUGACUCCAUAUGCUUUUUUUUGGUGUUUCCAUCUUCUUCUCCCUGAUUCAUCCUCACCCUCACUGAAGGAAAGGGACAAAAGUCCCUUCCUGUCCUGCAGCUACCCGGCCCCAUCCACAGGCAGGUCCCUGCUCACAGGCAGGGCUGGUGGCAGAUUGAGAUCCUCAGGUGAGGUGGGACCGACCCUGCCUCGGAGCUUGGUGGCAUCUCCUCAGCUUCCUCCUGGUGGCAUCUCCUCAGCUUCCUCCUGGUGGCCAGGGUGCCAAUGCGUCUGGGUCAGGUGAAGGCUCCAGAGCCCGUGCUGCAGGGAGCAGCAUUGCCCUUUGGAGGAUGCUUACCCAGCUCUAGGGUGAGAUGGCCCUAAAAUGCUGUUCCAAGAAGGUCCCACCACAGCACCAUCCUGCUGGAAGCACCUUCAUGCCCAGCCUGGGAUACCAGGAACCAGCUUGGAUCCUGCUGAAGAUGGUCCCCAUCCGCCUCCUUGCUGAAGAGAGGUGGGAGCAGAGCUGGGCUGAGGGAUAAGCAACAUCCAGCCUUGCAGGAUGAGGAGGGCUCAGCAUGGGCAGCAGCCGCCAGAGCAGCCACCUGGUGAAGAUGGACAAAACCAAGACCCGUGGAAGCAGGGAAAGGGCCCCAGGCUUUGCCCUUUGCUCUUCCCCAAGGAGCUCUACGCUGCACUCGAGCUCUGCAACCAGCCCCAGCAUGGACAGGACCCCUCAGCACCCGCGGGCGCUGCCACCCAGCACAGUCACCCCAACCUCUUGGCCACGUUUACCACCCCGAGUUCUUCCCUGUGGAUCACCUCCCGUUUUUCCCAUACCAUUCCCCUCAGCAGCAUCGACGCCGUCGCCUUCCCGCACGUUCCUCUCCUGCCCCUUCCACUGCGGGGGGUGAAUUCUUUGGCCCCAGGGACCAAGUGUUCUGGUGGAGGCAGGAGAUGCCCCACGUGCUGGGCACGGUGGGCGAGAGCCCCCCCAGGCUCCUGUGUCCCCUGCCAGGCAGGAAAAGAGCAACAAACGACAAAAAAAAAAAUACAAAACACCACUCAAGUCAGAAAAAAAACCCUCAACCGACCCACCCGUCUCAGCAACGCACCCCGGUUUUUUGUACAUUGAUUGUGUAAUUUAAGAAGUAUAUAUAUAAUAUAUAUAUAUAUAUAUAAUCUCUAUCUCGUGAUUGUAAGACCGUGGAUACAACAACAACGACAACAACAAAGCAGCAAGUGAAAAUAUCCGAGCUCUGUCCUCCAGGUCUGGGUCCUCGUUUGGCUCCACGCGCCGGUCUCACCCCCCUUCCCCCCCAAGAGGUGGUUGUUGGGGUGACAGACCCCAAACCAGGGUGGGUGCUCAAGCCCCCCAGGGAGCUGCAGCCACUGCACCCCCAGGUAGGGACCCCUCCACACCCUGAGGCUUUGGGGUGCAGUGGGAUGGGGGAGGCUGGGAUGCAUUGUUGGGGUCCUGGGGACAAGGGGGUUGAGGGAAGCCAUUGAUUUGGGGGACCCCCAUGCCAACCUGCCCCAGCACUGUGAGUUGGUGCUGGCAGAAGGGCUAAAACCUCCCAGGCUCCCUAAAAAUGUGGGGAAAAAAAAGUUUCUGGGUUGUCCCCUCCCCAGAGAGCUGGGGCAGCCCAGGGGGACGGGGCAGAGGGAGUGGGACCCUGGGGGCUGUGGGGGCACAUUGGGCUCCCACUGGGAAGAGAGCAGGAAAAAGGGAUUUCUUUUCCCUUAUUUAAGGGCUGGAGGUUUGCAAAGGGGUUUGGGGGAAACCCCAGCCAUCAGCCCCUGUCCCAUCGCCGUGGGUCAGGUCCCCACAUCUCUGGGGACACAGUAUCCCUGGGGAUACCAUGUGUGUCCCCGACUGCACCCUCCCCAGCUGGCAGCACCUUGCCUCACCAUUUAACCCCCUCCUUGCCCACCUUCACCCACCAAAGGACCUGCAAGAGGGACACAAGAUUUGGGGCACCAACACCCCCAGCCCCCCCUCCUGCUGCUCCCACAGGAAAUGACAAGACAAUCACAUAUAACUUCCCUCCCAACCCCCCCCCCCCAUUCCUAUUUUUCCACCCCCUAUUCCAGAGACCAAGGCAGUUUUUCCUCCUCCUGCUUCUUUCCUCCCUCCAACACACCCUCCAUCCCUUCCAGCCAGGAUGGCUGAAGCACAUCUGCUCCUCUGCCAUGUAAACAGCACAAAACAGGCCAGACGAAAAAGGCAGGAGCCAUCCCAGGCUCCUCAUUUUAACUUAAAGACAAAAAACCAACAAUCAAGUGUCUUUUUUUUUUUUUUUUCCUUUUAAACUCCCACAAAGCAUCUCUUGGGUCCCCGGGGCCGCCCGUCUACCCUUGUCACCUGAACCUAAACCACAACUCGCCUCCAGCCAAAA